GUUCCGAAUCAAAAAUUAAUUUAAAAAUCGAACUGGCACAAAUUAGAAAUAAGAAAAAAACAAAAAAUUGACGGAGAUUAGAGCAAAUGAAACCAAAAAAUAUUUUUUUGACGGAAUCUCCAAAGUCAUUUGCAGGUUCCAUGUUCGAUUCUGCUGUGCGCUCGAUGGAUGAUGCUGAGAAAACCCUAGCGAUCUGCUGAAAUUGAAAUCGCAGGAGCCAAUACGUCACUCAAAUUGAUCGAGACAGGUGAAAGUGUGGCGAAGUCCUCGGGUAAGAGUUUUCAACUCAAAUAUUUCAAUCUGCAGCAGCCAAUGCUUAGCCUAUCGCUUUCUACAGUGAGUUUGUAGUGGGAAAUGCGGGCGGAGCAUGCAAAAUGGCAAGGUAGAGGAAAUGGAUUUGUGUGUAUCACGCGGAAUUGAAGUAAUUGUGAAGUUUUUGGCUAGAACGGAGGGUGAAGAGGUGAUUUCUGGGCCGCCAAUCCUGAUUUAGAGCUUUUCAGAACUUUUCUGUGCCGAUCUUCGGAUGUAUGCGCGUUUAGGCUGCAAAUUAUGAUUUCAGACAAUCCUUUUCUGAUCUCUUCUCCACCCCACACUAAUUCUAGUAGCGGUAGCUAUGAUUGUGUUUUCCCCAAUGUUAAUGCUACCUCCCGCUUGUCCUCUCAGAUCCGAUCUUCAAGUUACAUUGGGAGUGGGCCACACGAGAUGCAAUAUUUGAAGGAUAACGAUAACAGCAGCAUUGGAUGGGAUUCGUACUCCAAUUCAAGCCCUAACAAUAAAUUUCAGCUCCCUGGCUCUGAAUUCUUCCCUUUCCGCUCGAAGGGUGAAACUGAAGAGCAGGGCGUGGCUUUUUCAGCUGACAACAUGUAUCCGCCAAAUACCUCUGUAGUUAAUUCCUUAGAGACUCAUAAUUGUGUAUCCACGUUUGAGAUUUCUAACACGCUAGACAGUCCUUUGGCUCAGAAAGCGGAGAAUAUGAGGCGGCAAGCAGAUUCUUCAAAAGGGCAAGGUUUGAGAGUUUUGGAGCUAGAGCAUUCUGCAACAGAUGGUGAAAAUCAAAAUGAUAGGCUCAUAUAUAUCAAUGACCCCAAACUGACAAAUGACAAAUAUGAGUUUACUGGAAAUGAGAUUCGGACUAGCAAAUACACUGUCAUCACUUUCCUACCGAAGAAUUUGUUUGUUCAGUUUCAUCGACUUGCUUACAUUUAUUUCCUGGUGAUAGCUGCCUUGAAUCAGCUUCCUCAGCUUGCAGUCUUUGGGAGAACUGUAUCACUUUUCCCCUUGCUGUUUGUUUUGUGUGUGACAGCAAUCAAGGAUGGGUAUGAGGACUGGCGCCGACAUCGUUCUGAUAAGAAAGAGAAUAAUAGGGAGGUACAAGUGUUACAGGGUCUCCUUUAUAGCUCAAAGAAAUGGAAGAAUGUAAGAGUAGGUGAAGUUCUGAAGAUACAUGCAAAUGAAACAAUCCCAUGUGAUAUUGUUUUGUUAGAGACGAGUGAUCCUAGUGGAAUUGCAUAUGUUCAGACAAUUAAUCUUGAUGGAGAAUCAAAUCUGAAAACAAGAUAUGCCAGACAGGAAACUGCAGUUAAGAGGCCUGAGAGGGAACCCCCUUCAGGACUUAUUCGUUGUGAACAACCAAAUAGAAACAUAUAUGGUUUCAUUGCAAACAUGAAAAUUGAUGACCAAACGAUUCCCCUUGGGCCAUCAAACAUUGUGCUUCGAGGUUGCCAGCUGAAAAAUACGGCAUGGAUAGUUGGUGUGGUUGUUUAUGCUGGUCAAGAGACCAAAGCAAUGCUGAAUAGCUCAGGAGCACCUUCAAAACGAAGCAGAUUGGAAGGGCACAUGAACAGAGAGACGAUAUGGCUAUCCGUCUUUCUAUUUAUUAUGUGUGCUGUGGUGGCAUUUGGAAUGCUUAUGUGGCUUGUCAAGCACAAGGAGGAACUUGAUACUUCUCCGUUCUAUAGGAAGAUAAUUUUUACAUAUGAAAACAGGGGUGGAGAAAAAUACAAUUAUUAUGGUGUUGGAAUGGAGGUUUUAAUUUCAUUUCUGAGUUCUGUCAUAGUUUUCCAGAUAAUGAUACCGAUAUCUCUGUAUAUAUCAAUGGAGUUAGUCCGUUUGGGGCAGUCAUAUUUCAUGAUUGGGGAUCAGGAGAUGUAUGAUAGCAAUUCAAAUUCAAGGUUCCAAUGUCGUUCAUUGAACAUAAAUGAAGAUUUAGGUCAGAUCAGGUAUAUAUUCUCUGACAAGACAGGUACCCUGACAGAGAAUAAGAUGGAGUUUUAUAAUGCAAGUAUAUGUGGGGUGAAUUACUGCAAUGCAAAAUCUACUGUUGAAUGUUUGGUGCAAGAAACUUCUAGCAAGAAUGAAGAGCGGGAAAAUAUUGCAGAAAUACUGGAUGGGCAGGUUUUGAAACCAAAGAUGAAGGUCAAGGUGGAUGUGGAGCUUGUUCAGUUACUCAGUAAAAGCUUAUCAUUGCAUGAGAGAAAAGUUGCACACGAAUACUUCCUUACUCUGGCAGCUUGUAAUACAGUAGUCCCUACUAUAAUAGAAAUGCCAUCUCCUGGAAACCAUGAACGUAAUGCUGCAAAUUUAUCAUAUGAAGAUUCAAGAUCAAUUGAUUAUCAGGGAGAGUCUCCAGAUGAACAGGCUCUGGUUGCAGCAGCUGCUGCUUAUGGAUAUACUCUCAUUGAGAGAACAUCAGGGUAUAUUGUGAUCAAUGUAUUGGGUGAAAGGCAAAGGCUGGAUGUAUUGGGGUUACAUGAGUUUGACAGUGUACGCAAAAGGAUGUCAGUAAUAGUGCGAUGUCCAGACAAUACUGUAAAAGUUCUUGUAAAAGGGGCAGAUAGUUCAAUACUUAAUAUUAUAGCCAAAACAUCUAGUGGCAGUGAAGCAGCACCCUUGAAUGAUUUAAUUCGUAAUACAGAAAGCCAUUUGACUGAAUAUUCAUCACAAGGUUUGCGAACUCUUGUUGUGGCAGCAAAAAAUCUCAAUGAGGAAGAACUUAAAAGAUGGCAGUGUUGUUAUGAAGAAGCCAGUACAUCAUUAACUGAAAGGGCAGGCAUGCUUCGGGGAGCUGCAAGUCUCAUUGAAUGCAAUCUUAACCUUCUUGGGGCCACAGGGAUAGAAGAUAAAUUACAAGAUGGUGUUCCAGAUGCAAUAGAAUCUCUAAGGCAAGCUGGGAUUAAGGUUUGGGUUCUGACUGGAGAUAAGCAAGAAACUGCUAUUUCCAUCGCUCUUUCAUGUAAGCUUCUCAAUGGGAGUAUGCAACAAAUUAUAAUCAAAGGUACCUCCACAGAAGCUUGUCGACAUCUCUUAGCAGAGGCAAAGACAACAUAUGGAAUAACUAGAAAUGAGAAGCAAAAAAACUUAUCAAAGAGGCAAAAAAGUGUUGAUAUUGAUGAGGGUGAGGGCAUACAUGGAAGGCGAGUGCCUGGUAUGGAAGAGGGGCAUUCACCGUUGGCACUAGUAAUUGAUGGCACGAGUCUGGUCUAUAUAUUGGAAAGUGAUUUGGAACAAGAGCUUUUUGAUUUGGCCACAUCAUGUAAAGUAGUCCUUUGCUGUCGAGUUGCUCCUUUGCAAAAAGCUGGUAUUGUUGACCUUAUAAAGAGCAGAACAAAUGACAUGACACUAGCCAUUGGCGAUGGAGCAAACGAUGUUUCUAUGAUCCAGAUGGCAGAUGUUGGAGUAGGCAUUAGUGGUCAAGAAGGACGACAAGCUGUGAUGGCGUCUGACUUUGCAAUGGGACAAUUCAAAUUUUUGAAGCGAUUAUUGCUUGUUCAUGGUCACUGGAAUUAUCAACGUGUUGGCUAUUUGGUUCUGUACAACUUCUACAGGAAUGCUGUAUUUGUAUUGAUGCUCUUCUGGUAUAUAUUGUACACAGCCUAUUCUACAACAUCUUCCUUAACUGACUGGAGCAGUGUAUUCUAUUCUGUUAUCUAUACUUCCUUGCCAACAAUCGUGGCAGGUGUAUUAGACAAAGAUUUGGAUCAAAAAACUCUACUUCGCUAUCCAAAACUUUAUGGGGCUGGGCACAGACAGGAAAGUUAUAACCCAAAGCUCUUCUGGCUCACAAUGACUGAUACAUUGUGGCAAAGUCUUGUUCUUUUCUAUGUACCACUUCUUUCAUAUAAACAAAGUACAAUUGACAUCUGGAGCAUAGGUAGUCUGUGGACAAUUAGCGUGGUUGUGCUAGUCAAUGUUCAUUUGGCGAUGGACAUUCAAUGUUGGGCAUUUUUUACUCAUGCUGCAACAUGGGGCUCAAUUGUUGUUACAUAUGCUUGCCUUGUCAUUUUGGAUUCAAUUCCUGUAUUUCCUAACUACUGGACAAUCUUCCGACUAGCCAUGUCGGUGCCGUAUUGGUUAAAUAUUCUUCUUAUAACAUGUUUAGCAUUACUACCUCGCUUUGUAGUGAAAGCUAUGACACAGAGGUUCUGGCCUUCAGAUAUUCAAAUUGCCCGAGAAGCAGAAAUACUGAAAAGGGAUUCUGACAACUAGGCUGUGAUGUUGACUGAAACUGCAAACUUGCUUGGUCAUUGUUGUUACAAAGGAUUAAGUUCUUUCCUGCUUCAUGUAGCUACAGGAACUGGUAACUUCGCCAUGGAGCUUAUUUUUGUGUGACAAAUACAGUGCCAAUUUGCAGAGGUACAAUAUUUGUCUUCAAUCACCUUGUGUCUCAUCUGGUACAACAGAAUGAAAUUUCAUGUUGGAGUAGCUCCACUUGCCCAUUGCUCACAUUUAGGUCUGAAACGGCCAAAUCUGGUGACCUGUGUGUUGCUUAUCUUAAUCUUGCAGGCUUUGUAAAAUUUGAAAAUCUCAAUGUAUUCUACUUUCCAAAGCUGGCCAUAACAGCCAAGGUUUUGGAUUGCUGCAUCUCUCUGCAAGUUGAUAUGUAAUUAUGUGUUUUAACUUUUCAUAAAUAUGUUAUGGAAGGCAAACCAAUAUGAAUCAGUGGAUCUUGAUUCUUUAAAUUUUUACAACUAACCUCAAUUUCCACAUCA